UAUGAAUAUUUAAAAGAACAAAAUGAUGCUAAUCAAACAUGUAUAUUACAAUAUCCAAAAGUACAUUUAAAAUUGCAGACUGUUAUUGAAAGUUUAAAGCAUAACAUAGAAAUACUAUCACAAAAUAGAAAAGAACGAAUUACAAAACUUAAAAUAAAAGAUAAAGAUGUAAAGAAGAGAUUUAGAAAUAUUAAACACGAAUUCUCUGUAACUCAAAUGGUAGAUUCUUCACAAUUAAAAAAACUAAUUGUCACAAGUAAUGAAAUUUUAAGGCAAUUACAGAAAACUGUAGAGAAAGGUUCUACAAUUAUCGAAAUAAUUAGAAUGUGCUCCACUUUGGAACCAUUAUUUUUUAUUUUGAAGAAAUAUCUUAUACAAGAUGCAGUAUAUACUGAAUUUGCAGACAUUAAUGUCCCUGAAUCAUGUAUUAAAGUUAAUAAUUUUUGGGAACACUAUAAUCAUAUAAAAGUAGACAAUAUUUUGUUUAAAAGGGAAAGUAACAAACUUUGCACAGAAAAUAAAAAAUUAAAACAUCAAUUCCAAACAUAUCUUACAAGAGACUCUGGGAAAUUAGCAUUAUGCCCAAUUGCUUCACCUUCAGUUUAA